AGUAGCUAAUAAGAUUCUCACACGUCUUCCAUUUAACACGUGUGUUCUGUAUAUGUCUCAUGAAAUAGUGUAUAUUAUAUAUUAUAUACCUUCUUUUUCGCUAAUCCAAUUACAAAUUGUAUUUUCUUAAUAGAACGUCAAAUCAUGUGUGUGUAUAUAUUUGUCUUGAGUGAUUCAAUUGCAGUGUACUUGAGCAUAUCUUCUUCUCAUUGUGGCGUUUUGUUCUAGAGAGUUAAAAUGCAGAGGAUCUUCGCAACAAGCUCACGGUGGGCUUCAGCAAUCAGUAAACAAAGGCAGUUAGCUUCUUUCUCUACAUCUCUGCUCUUCGAUGACACCCAAAUACAGUUCAAAGAAAGUGUUUCUCAAUUUGCACAAGAAAAGAUUGCUCCUCAUGCGUCAAAAAUAGACCAAACAAAUUCUUUCCCAAAGGAUGUCAACUUAUGGAAACUCAUGGGGGAAUUUAAUCUUCAUGGAAUUACUGCACCAGAGGAAUAUGGAGGACUUGGUCUUGGUUACUUGUAUCACUGUAUUGCUUUGGAAGAACUCAGUCGUGCUUCAGGGUCUGUUGCUCUUUCUUAUGGAGCUCAUUCUAAUCUUUGUAUUAAUCAGCUGGUGAGGAAUGGAAAUCCUGCUCAGAAACAGAAGUAUUUACCAAAGCUUAUCAGUGGGGAGCAUGUAGGAGCUCUUGCAAUGAGUGAACCCAAUGCUGGUUCUGAUGUUGUUAGCAUGAAGUGCAAGGCUGAUCGUGUAGAUGGCGGAUAUAUUAUAAAUGGGAACAAGAUGUGGUGUACCAAUGGGCCAGUUGCUCAAACACUGGUUGUUUAUGCAAAAACAAACGUAACGGAAGGAUCAAAAGGAAUAACUGCAUUCAUUAUUGAGAAGGGAAUGCCCGGAUUCAGUACUGCCCAGAAAUUAGACAAACUUGGCAUGCGAGGAAGUGAUACAUGCGAGCUUGUCUUUGAGAAUUGCUUUGUGCCAGAAGAAAAUGUUCUUGGGCAAGAAGGAAAAGGAGUCUACGUCAUGAUGUCAGGUUUGGAUUUGGAGAGGCUUGUUUUAGCAGCCGGACCCCUUGGCAUCAUGCAGGCAUGUCUUGAUGUUGUCCUACCUUAUGUCCGACAAAGAGAGCAAUUUGGCCGCCCCAUUGGGGAAUUUCAGUUUAUACAGGGAAAAAUGGCUGACAUGUAUACUUCUUUACAAUCUUCAAGGUCCUAUGUGUAUUCUGUUGCAAGAGACUGUGACAAUGGAAACGUUAACCCUAAGGAUUGUGCUGGAGUAAUAUUAUGUGCAGCUGAAAGAGCCACACAAGUUGCUUUGCAGGCUAUACAGUGUCUUGGUGGCAACGGUUAUGUAAAUGAGUACGUAACUGGUCGGCUACUUCGUGACGCCAAACUGUAUGAAAUUGGGGCAGGGACUAGUGAAAUUAGAAGGAUGAUAAUUGGUCGUGAGCUCUUCAAGGAGCAGUGAGAGCCAACCUGAAUCUAUUGAAUGAAUGGUUGGAUAUGGAGGUAUUGCAGGGUUCACUGUAGUUAACUUCUUGGCUAACUAUCUGGAGCAGUCAACUAUUCACCUUUGCUUUUCUGAUAUACAACAGCAAGAAAUGAUUAAUAUGUAUUUCCUUAUAAUGGAUUAGCAAUGGGUCCAUUAAAGGAGAACCUUCUCGUCAAAGAAAAGAAAUUGUUGGAUUUCGGCUAACCUCAAUAAAGAAACUGAAGUUGUUAUUGUUGUGAGAA